CAGAAUCAAACCCAACAACACUCGCCUUCUUUACACAAAUACAAAACCCUAAAAACCAGAGAGAAACCCCAAUUCCUGCGCUUAAUCAAAAGGAAAUGGUCGCAGCAGUACAAGAAGGGCUGUCGCUAAUAAAGCAGUUAGCUUCCUGCAACAACAAAAUCCGCACCAAAAACCUAAGCUAUCUCUUAGAGACAUGGCUUCCUGCUCAAACCCAAAAUCUGUCGGAUGAGCAGAUGAAAAAGCUCUGGAAAGGUAUUUUUUACUGCGUGUGGCAUGCUGACAAGGUUCCAGUUCAAACUAAUCUGAGUAACCGUUUGUCUUCGUUAAUUCCUGAACUUAAUUUCAGUGUUUCUGUUCAGUAUUUCACUGUUUUUUUAGUGACUAUGCGUCGCGAAUGGUCGGGGAUUGAUGGGCUUAGAUUAGAUAAGUUUUACUACUUGAUCCGUAGAUUCUUGCAUAAUUUUUUCGUUCUGUUGAAGAAAAAUUCGUGGGAUUUGGAGAUUGUCAAGUGUUUGAUGGGUGUUUUGGUUGAUAAUACUUUUUUAGCUGAUGACAAUUUGUCGGGCAAUGGUGUUAAUUAUCACAUUGCUUCUGUCUUUCUUGAGGAACUUAGGGCUUUUUUGCCUUUGAGUAAGGACGUUGUUUGUGUUGUUUUGAAUUAUUUUGUUGAUGUUAUUGGGGUAGUUCAAGAUAAGAUUUUGUUAGGGAAGAUUAAGAGUAAUGUGUUUGAUGUUUUGUUGAAAACGGGGGAUAAGUUGUUGGAAUUGAAGAAAUGCGGAGGUGAUAUUGAUUUGGGAGAUGAUGCGGCUGUUCUGGGUCCUAUAGGUUUGUGUUUGGGUUUUUCGAGUAAAUUAUAUGGCUUAGGUUCAGCUGCUGAGUGUCCUCAGGGGAACAGGAAAUUUGUGUUUGGUUUGCAUCAGCAGUUUUUGAAGUUAGAGAAGGACUUUGAUAAUUCAGGGAUUAAUGAUGUUUCUUUACCUGAGGCUAAUGUGGACAAUGAUAAUGAAGUACCCACUUUGGUUCCUAUUGCUGAUGAUAUGGAAGUUGAUGGUUUGAAUGCUGUUGCUGAUACGACUGGUGAUAGUCAUUUGAAGAAGUGCAAGAAAAGUAAUAAGAAGGCUAAGAAGGCAAAGAAAGCGUCUGGUGGCAGCGGAAAUAAGAAUACGAAGAAAAACAUAUGUAAUGGAAGUUCUGAGUGUGAGACUGAAGAGUAUGGUAAUGCGGUUGUAUCAAAUGGUAGCAAUUCAAAUGACGAAAACAGUAAUGACCCUGAUACGAUAACAUUGAAUGAGUCUGUGAUAUCAAACCUUCAGAUGCAGUUUGAGAAAGUUGCUGCAGAGGUUGGGUUAUUGGAUGAGAAUGUUGAGAGUGCCUGUCAUGUCACAGACGUUGCUGGAAAUGGUAUUGUGUCUAAGAAACGGAAGAGAUCUAAAAAUAAGGCUGUACAGAAAUCUGAGAAUCCAGAACCAACGGACGAGGCAAAUGAUGAUGGCUUUGAAACGGGAAAGAGCACCGAGAAGAGUUCAAAGAAAGUGAGGUUUUCGAUGAAAAACAACUUGGUGUGGAAACCUCAUAGUCCUUUACCUCCACAGAGUGUGAGAAUACCGCCAUCUGUGACUCCUCGAGGAAGUGCACUUAAACAAGGAAUACCUGCAGGUCCUAUUAGGGAGAUGCCGUCUGCAACUAAGAAGCCAAAACGGAAGAUCAAAACUUUGAAGAAUGGCCGAAAAGUAAUAACUGGUGUCAUCAGAAGGCCAAAGAAGUUAAAGGCUGUUUCCUUCUAGAUCGCUCUUGAUCAUCAAACCUGUUGCUUUUAGUUAAAUCGUGGUUUUCUCUGUUGGUAAACUUUCUCAAAUUCGAUUUUGCUGUUUGGUUGCUUUGCUAAAUUCUAGACAGGUGAUGCAAAUGACCAUCAAGGUAUCUUCUAACUGUUUAAUCCUAUUAUGAUUGGCUAAUGCAGGAAAUUUUGUUUUGUUUUUA